GUCAUCGUCGUGUGUCGUUUGUCGUUUGUGUUUUUUAACGCCGCCGAUUGAUAUCAAAUUAUAUUAUAUGUGGAACUAACCCGAUGAAGACGAUUUGAUGGCUAUCAAAUGUGAACAAGUUGCUGCCAGUGACAAUCGCUCAAAACCGGUUUGCGUAUUAGGACGCGAUUUGAACGCUGUUGUGUUGUGCUUUUGUUGUUGUUUCUUCAACAAAUAUCUAUUAUCUGCAAGAAUUAUCGAUAUCUGCUAAGAUUUAAGUGACAGUUGCUCCAUGGUGUCAAUAAAUUAAUCAGAAAGUAUUUAAUAACGGUGUAUCUACACUUAUUAAAUAAGCUCAGUUAUAAGUAUCUAUAUUUGCCGACUCGGAAUCAGAGAAGAGAAAAAAGUAAUAGAUUUAAGGAUUUUUGGUGGUCGGUGGCGCAAUGCCACAACGAUCCCCAUUCGCGAUACAGGAACUCUUAGGAUUAAGUGAUUCGGCGGUGGCAGCCGCAGUGGCUGCGAGGAACAACAAUAACAACAUCAGCAGUGGCAACAGCAUCAGCAUCAGCAAAAAUGAAGAAGCUAAUGGAAGUUUAUUAUCAACAAAGGCACCGAACUCAUCAGCAUCCUGUAUGUCACCUUCGUCAACAUCGGCUUCGACGACAAAGACUGCAGCCACAGCCACAGCGGCGGCAGCAGCAGUUGCAGCUGCAGCAGCUGUUUCGGCCGUUACACCGAGCUUAUAUCCGAAUGUUGGACAAACGCCCUUCACGGCCGAUCGACAUCAUCAGAUGACAAUGGCUGCCGCAUCUCGGAUGGCAUACUUCAAUGCACAUGCAGCGGUUGCUGCUGCCUUUUUGCCUCACAAUAUAAGUGCUGCGGGGGGUGGCGUUGUAAAUGGGGGCAGUGGUGUUAAUGCUAAUGGUGCAUCAAUGGCGGGUGCGGGCGGUGUUAGCGGGCAUCAUCAUCAUCAUUUGUUGCAUCAACAAGGUGGGGGGUUUUCACAACUAAAAUCAACAUUUGGAGCAGCUGGAUCAUGUCUGACAGGUACACUGGAUACCAAAGAUUUCACAAUCGACGGCAUCAAUGGUUUUGGCAGCAAGAAAAAGAAAAAGAAACGGCGACACAGUCGUACGAUAUUCACCAGCUAUCAAUUGGAGAAACUAGAGGAAGCAUUUAAGGAGGCACAUUACCCCGACGUGUAUGCGCGGGAAAUGCUGUCACUUAAAACUGAAUUACCUGAGGAUCGAAUACAGGUUUGGUUUCAAAAUCGCCGUGCUAAAUGGCGGAAGACUGAAAAGUGUUGGGGCCGCAGCACUAUAAUGGCGGAGUACGGUUUAUAUGGAGCUAUGGUCAGACAUUCGUUACCGCUGCCUGACACAAUAAUAAAGUCAGCCAAAGAGAAUGACGCAGUCGCUCCGUGGCUACUAGGUAUGGAAGCCAAAAGCAUGCAUCGAAAAUCUCUUGAAGCUCAAGAAGCUCUUAAGGAUGAAAGUGGUGCCAGUGAUCACGACGACAAUACAUCGAAAUCAAACGACGAAUUUCGACAGAUGACGUCAUCAUCAGAAUCGCUCAACGUAGUUAGUCCACCCCCUCCACCGCACUCAUCUGCCGACACAACACCAACGGGCAAUUCGUCGCCCAUAAACCCACACAUGGAUCUUGGCAGUCCACCGCAAGCACAUACCCCACUUCAAGCCCACUCACCCCUGCAUCAUCAUCAUCAUCACCACCAACAUCAACACCCAUCUCAUCAUAAUCUUCACCAACAACAUCACCAGCUACAUCAUCACCAGGGAGGGCAUUUAUUGGACAAUCCCUCGAAUAAAGACCUUCACAUGCUCAUGAACUCUGCUGCUGCUGUAGCUGCUGCAAAUGCUAUACACCCCUCACAUUUGUCGUGCAUACACCACAGUGUCGCCCCACCACCUCCCCCACCUCAUGCACAUGCACAAUCACAUGGCCAACCGACAGGCUAUAUGGACCAGGAUCCAGAGGCCUUCAGGUGGGUUAACAACUACAAUCGAGACCCAAUUUCAAUGAUACGGAAUAACUCUAUUGCAUGUUUAAGAGCCAAAGCUCAAGAGCACCAAGCCCGUUUGCUAAAUAGUGGCCUAUUUCUUCAAGUACGCUCCUUAGCUGGACUUCAAAGCCCGGCUACCAGCAGUAGCGCAAGCUUAUCUCCUCAACCUCAAAGUAAUAACAAUAAUAGUGUAAAUAUCAGCAGUAACAGCAUUAAAUGUGAUAUUUUAAAAAUUCAUGAAGAUGCGUCCGAACAACCUUACUCCCUCAAACGAAACCAAUCACCAACAGGCCAAUUAUCAAGCUCUCAUCAAUUAAAUAACGUUAAUUUAUUCUAUCAACAACCUCAUCAGAUGAAAAUUGAACCACGGCAAAGCUUAGAAUGUGGUUCAGAUAUUUGACAAAAACACAACGAUGGAUUUUUUCAAAGAAAUUUGGCGAGCAACGACAGAAGCGAUGCAUGAUAAUGUUUCUAUAUAGUUUGUUUUUGUAUCGCCCCCAAACCACUAGUAUGGUCAACUUCUAAUAACUCGAAUUUAUUCUUCAGGACAUUAUGUCUAUUUUGUAAAUACAUUAUAUAAGUAUAAAAACAACUAAUGAUCAUAUUUUGUUCUUAGUCAUAAGCACAAAUAAAAUUAUAUAAUUUAAAACACAGACGAAUAUUUAUAAAUGCUGUAAUUUACUCGUAACUACCUUUACACCAACGAAUUAAUUUUAGAAUAAAAAUAAAUUUUGCAUUCAUAUGCAUGUACAUAAGGUACCAACAAAAGUGCAAACGAAAGACUGUGAAAGUGUAAUAAGCGAUAACAAAGCUAUUUUGCAUUAAAGUAUGUACUUCUAUAAGUUGUUCAAAAUUAGUUGUAAUAAUUUCUCUUAAUCAAAUUUUGUUUGGCCACACAUUUCGCCCGAAAUGUCUGCAGUUUCGAAUUCACUGUUGACUCUUAGUUCUGUUAACUUCCUUGGCUUGUUAUAAUGACUUAACAGAAUAGUUCCAAUGCGUUAAAUCGCACAAAAAAGUCGGUCAAUCGACUGUCCCAUUUUUUGAGAUAACCGCUCAUGAAACCUUGUAACAGGUGCUGUAUUUCACAUUUCCUCCAAGUUCAUAUCUUGCAUUUCGGGACAAAAAUAAUGGAGCGAUAACACUGGCCAUUCAGAGUUACAGGACGAGUGCGUCAACGAAAAAAGAUAGUCCAAUAACCUUGCCGACAUGCAAACCGUUCCAAACUAUUAAAAAUAAGGCCAAAUUUACAAGAAUUGAAUUAAUUUUGCUUUUGUAAAGUACAAUAAAGCCAAAUUUUUCAGUCGGUGUUAUAACACUUAAACAGCGUGAAAUAAAGCCAAAUUUGUUUUAUUUCACAUUCAAUGCAAAAGAAACUUUGUACACCCAACCUUGCGACUAUCCCGAAUCUUAUGGUGCGCCCAAGCAGGGGAGUUGCACUUACAUACCUUAACAUACCUCAUUGUUCAUACUCACCGUUUACCUGAUCAAUUCUUAUUACUAUUAUAACAGUAUUGGGUUAACAACAAAAUAUUACAAUAUUUUAGCACAUACCAUUGUUUAAAAAUCUGAGUAUACUAGUUUUGAUAAGCGCUUUGAACUGUCGUUCCAGAGGUCUUGGGUUGAAUCCCUUCCUGUGCCUUCUAAAGUUUGUUCACGGGUACUGCCUCUUACAAAGGAAGCAACAAAUCCUCCAAGAGUAGUUCCUGUCAUGGAAAGUGCUCUCUCAAAUUAGUCGUUCGGAUCCCCUUUAAAAAAAGUCCCUGACAACAUUACUCGCACAAAGGAAUGGUUGAUAGUUGUAAGCCACUAGGAACUAGUUUUCAACGGACUGUUGCGCCACCUUAGUUUUUUAGUUAAAAUUUCUUUGUUAUUACUUUAUGCACGAUCAUAGUCUUUCGUUUGUAUUUAUUUGCUUGCUACUGAUGUAUUGUACAUACGUAUUUAUGUAUUUAAAAAAAAAAUUGAUCUCACAUUAAGUUAUUUUAGGUAUGAAAGACCCAAAAACACAAAUAUUUAUUUUAAUAAUAAG